CCAGUGGCAGGAACUCUAUAACUGCGAAAAUCCAAUGUCCCUGUUAUCCUGGUUUUGAAAAGCACAUACAUAUGAUGGGAUCAUCAGACCUCCUGCGGCCAUUCUACAUUCUCCUGCUGUUCUUGACACACCUAGGGAUAUCUGUGUCCAAUGUGGACUAUGAUGAUUACGACAAUGAAGACCACUCAAACGAGACAGAAACUUCUGAAAACAUUCUGUGCCCACGGUCAUUCCCAGGUGAAUUUAUCUUGAAAGAGAACAAGACUUUCUUGGUGAUCUCCACAUCCUCCAGGGCACACCUGAAAAGCCAUAUCACGGUGGUGCUGAUACCUUCAAUCUACACUAUAGUGUUCUUGGUGGGAUUGCCUUCUAAUGCCCUUGCUCUGUGGAUUUUGGCAACCAAGGUCAAGAAGAUGACCUCCACAAUAUUUCUGAUGAACCUGGCAGCUGCAGAUCUACUGAUCAUUCUUCUUCUGCCAUUUAAGAUAUCAUACUACUUUCUUGGUAACAACUGGAUCUUUGGGGAGGUGAUGUGCAGGGCUUUUACUAGCAUCUACUAUGGCAACAUGUACUGCUCAGUAUUGCUUCUCAUGAGCAUUAGUGUGGAUCGUUAUUUGGCAGUGGUCCAUCCUUUCUUUUCCAGGACAUUUAGAAACAAAGUUUUUGCCACUGGCAUGUGUUUUACCUCUUGGAUAAUUGCAAUUUUGUCCAUUCUACCUUUGGCAACCAUUCGACAGUCCUAUCCUCUGGCAGACACUGAACUUACUGUGUGCCAUGAUGUCCUGCCUAGAAAAGAGCAGGCUGAAUAUUUGUUUUAUUAUUUCAUGUCCCUCAUUGUUAUGUGUUUUCUUCUCCCCCUGGGCAUUAUCAUGUUUUGUUAUGCAUCUGUAAUCCGCUCUCUGAUGCUGAGUGGGGAUAAAUAUGCCUAUGCUGUCAAAUUGACCACCCUUGUUCUGAUCAUUGUGGUCGUCUUAUUGACUCCCAGCAAUGUGGUGCUACUUUUACACUACUCUGAGUACUGUCUUCAUACGUAUGGGGACCUCUACUCGGUUUACAUGAUAUGUCUGGCCAUCAGCUCUAUAAACAGUUGUGUAGAUCCCUUUGUAUAUUACUAUGUCUCUGAAGAGUUUCGGGAAAAGGUGAUGCAUCAGUUUCGGAAAAGCUCCAAAAUGUCAGUUACUUCACUCAAGACUUCCAAAGAAGUCCUCCCUGUCAGCUAUUCCCACUCUCACUCUGUGCUUUGACACUUCAAAGACCAAGAUGACAUCUAAGAAAUUGAAUGGGAGACAACACAUACUGCAAGGCCAUACUAAAGUGGAGAAGAGCAAAGUGACUAUAAAUGUGCUGAAGUUGAUUAAUUCCUCUGAAGAAGACCCCUUGUUUCAAGAACUGUUAUUUCAAAUUAUAAAGCAAGGGAAUAGAAUUCUGUUGUGUUAAUUGCAGUGCGGACAACAUACUGCUGUGGAAAGAUUUUUUUUUUUUUUUUUUUUGCAAUCAUACCAUAAUUACAGUAACUCAUUUAUGUCUCAACCCAGAAAGAAAUAAAAAGAAAUAAAAAGAAAUAAAAGAAACAUUCAUGUUCAAAAUGUCACCAAUAUAAAA